CAUUGAAUGCUGCUGAAUCUCGCUCACAGUUGCGGAUGUUGGUCUAUUUCAUUGUUCUAAUGUCUGAUGUCUUGUGAUUGUGUCAAUCUAAACCGCCAUAGUUACUUAGAUAACGUAUUUUGUGGGUAAUAUUGUACACAACGUGAUUUUCAUAAUUUCUGAGGCGAGCAUGCACUGGAUUAAUGUAUUAAAAAGCCCGUGCGUAGAGUGACGUCAUCCAGUAACCCCCGUAACAGUGGAGAAUAGAAUAGCAAUAACUAUCGAGCUAUCGAUUGUGAAGCUGAAUAUUUAAGUAUCCUUUGUUAGACGCGACGUCGCUCAGGCCUUCAUGUUAUCGAGAAUAUAAUGUAAUAUGUGGACUGAAAAACACCUAUGAUUCUAUCCUGUGGAGAUAUGCGUUUGAAAUAAUACAUCCCUAUCUUCAAUGUCAGUUGAUACCGAUAGAGGAAGGAAAAGGAACCGCCUCGAUGUAACUGAAGGCUGACAUACGGCACUGACAAGAUCUUCACCACUGUGCUACGUGUAUCUCGCUGUCUUCUCGAAACCGGCAUCGGGAAUUCGCUUUUUAUGCAGAAAGAUUCUACCAAGACGAGCGAGGGAUCGUUUAUAGGAAGUGUGUAUCGUUCGCAGUGUAGCCACGGAUUUUGUUGUGGUUGUGGGUUGGAUCUCUGGUGAAGAUCGGGGUACACACGACAUCCUACGGAGGUGGUGGGAUACCAACACAGUAGCGGCAGUCUGGUGGAUCACAACAAACCCGGUCUUAUCAAACAUGGGGUGUACUAUGAGUGCAGAGGAUAGAGCCGCUGCCGAGCGGAGUAGAGACAUUGAAAAAAAGCUCAAAGAGGACGGAAUACAAGCUGCUAAAGAUAUAAAAUUACUACUACUAGGAGCUGGUGAAUCAGGAAAAAGUACUAUAGUGAAGCAAAUGAAAAUUAUCCAUGAAGGCGGAUUUACAAGUGAAGACAACAAACAGUACAAACCCGUGGUGUACAGUAAUACUAUCCAGUCCCUGGUAGCUAUUGUCCGCGCCAUGAGCACACUAAACAUCCCGUACGGCGAUAACGAACGUGAGUCUGAUGCAAAGAUAGUCUUGGAUGUGAUAGCCAGAAUGGAGGACACCGAGCCGUUCUCAGAGGAACUUCUUGCUGCUAUGAAACGGUUAUGGGCCGAUACUGGUGUUCAGGAGUGCUUCGGAAGAUCGAACGAAUACCAGCUUAACGAUUCAGCGAAAUACUUUUUAGAUGAUUUAGAUCGAUUAGGAUCAAAAGAUUAUAUGCCUACAGAGCAAGAUAUAUUAAGAACAAGGGUUAAGACGACUGGCAUUGUUGAAGUACACUUCUCAUUUAAGAAUUUAAAUUUCAAAUUAUUUGAUGUAGGAGGUCAAAGGUCGGAAAGGAAGAAGUGGAUACAUUGUUUUGAAGAUGUAACAGCAAUUAUAUUUUGUGUUGCUAUGAGCGAGUACGACCAGGUCUUACACGAGGAUGAAACAACAAAUCGAAUGCAAGAGAGUCUAAAACUCUUCGACAAUAUUUGUAACAACAAAUGGUUUACAGAUACCUCCAUCAUUCUGUUCUUGAACAAGAAGGAUCUCUUCGAGGAGAAGAUCAAGAAGUCAUCACUGACCAUCUGUUUCAAUGAGUACACAGGAAACCAAACAUAUGAGGAGGCAGCUGCUUACAUUCAGGCUCAGUUCGAGGCUAAGAACAAGAGUUCAUCGAAAGAGAUCUACUGCCACCAGACGUGCGCGACGGACACCAACAAUAUCCAGUUUGUAUUUGACGCCGUCACUGACGUAAUCAUAGCCAAUAACCUGCGUGGAUGCGGAUUGUACUAGGACCGGCGAGGUCACUGGGACUGUUCCUAAGACUGGGACCCGGCGAGGUCACUGGGGCUGUUCCUAAAUCAUCUAUAUACAGAUCGGACGUGAGCAUGUGUUGAGAUUUUUAUGUGCAGUGUAAGAAUAUGUGACCUUAAAUUUGAAAUAAAAUUAUGAACAAAAUACCAAUUAUGGCGAUGCCUGACUGCUUGCAGAGACAGAAUGGUUGACAUAAGAAGGAAUUUAUUGUCAACACAAACACGGUGUGAAAUCAGAGCUGGAAGACAUAUAUUAGAGAGAUUUAUUUCUCUUGUGAAAGAUUAUGUGCAUUGGACUGUCCUCUUUCCCUCUCUCUCGCUCUGGCUUCAGAGUGAUACGUUGCUAUAGAGAGGCGGAAACAUACUACUAGGCUACCGUCGUUAUCUGUUCUCUGAACUGCUCAGUAGCCUGUUGAAGUCAGUAUUGAUCGAACACUGCGUUGUUCCUCAUAGACAGGCGUUGAGGCAAAAAUCGGUAAUCAAUACCAAUAUGUCACAGCCAUCUUGGAUUAAUAGCACGGCGUCAUACACCGGAAAUGACGUAUGCGAUGCGAUAUCCAAAUAAACUGCAUAGCACAUAGACAACUCAAGAAGAAAUUAACAUAAAGGACCGGACAUGGAUGUAUCAUCUUCCUGUAGGCUUCUGCAUGAGAACUUUAAUAUUCUCGUAACGAUCAAUAUAUAUGGUUUUCUUUUCUUUCAGCCUUGAUACAACUCUACAGCGUCACAUGGUUAUAUAUAUGAUAUAUAUAUAUGCUGUAUUAUGUGAUAGCGAUGGGAGAAACAUGUAGGCCUGUGAACAAGCGAUAAAUACAUGUAUCUAAUAAAAGGUAUUAUUUAGUUUGUAAAAGGCUAUUUCACUUACAUGUGGACAAACACUAACGUUUGUCAUGCUAUUUAACCAUCACCCACUCGAGCUGUGCACACUGUACUUGUAACUGUGUAAACUAUAUGUAAAACGAAAGUGAUGGAAUAUUUGCUAUAAAUGCGUGGUCCUAUAGACAAACCUAUUUCAUUCUAUUCUUUCAGCACCUCAAUGUUUCUUCAUUGUUUCGUAAUAUUGACAUUGAAAUCGUUUCGAAGAAAAUUCUAAAAUUAGAAUAUUUAAUACAAAAUACAAAUAACGGGACAGUAAUGAUAAAUGCGGGGACCUCUCUGGAUAAAGUGCUUCGUUUUUCUCUUUUAUCAAAGUGCAUGUUUAAAUCUUGUUGUAUAAGAACACAUCUGUCCAUGUGUUCUGUAAGUGAAUGGAUUGAGUGCCUGUACCGUAGCUUGCAGUCACAUUCUCUAGUUCAGUGUAUGUUUGUGUCAUAUUUAUAAGCAAGAUAAAAUAUAGUGUAUAUUUGUGGAUAUUUGUAAGUUUUAUCCUUUUUUUUAAAUCUUGACAUAAAUGGAAAUAUAUACAAAAUUAAGUAUUAUGUAACUCAUAACAACCACUUUAUGAAUCGUUAUCGCCCGCUCGAGCACUACCCUAUAUUGGGACCAUGAAUGCUUUGGCAGUUUGCCAGAGUUAUAAAAAGAAAAUGGCUGUUUAGCCCUCCUAGGACUUGCCAAGCUUCGUCCUUUAUGGGCCGGGAGUAGUGGGAAACUAGCCCCCUGGUACUUGUAGAAUGAUGUUAUACAUUAUAACAAGUGGGGAUGGUUUCUAAGUAUAAGGGUAGGCUCUACCAUGUCCUAACACCAUGUCAUACAAUUAUGGAUUUACAUAUCUCUGCUUCAACAGAUGUACCUGUACAUACACAGGUAGUUAUAUAUACAUUUACCUCCUAAAUACACUACUCCUGUGGCAUACCAUGAUAUACUUGUUUCCUUUGAUGCAAACAGUCCUGGACACGGUAGAUACAUUUUAUAACUUGAUGUCUCCUGUAAUUGUAGUGGUAGACGUGUAUAGCCAGUCCUGUUUUCCUUUCCAUGACAAGAGUAAGUUGAGAGUUACCUCCUCUUUAAUGAGAGUUUGCAGAUCAGCUUAUCCGAAAAUAAAGCAUGUUUUUGACCAUGAUUAAUUGACAGGUCUACCGCCAUUACCGUUUCCAUGACUACCGUGUUAUUAACAUAUUUUUACAUCUGUGUUUAAUAUGCUAAUUAAUGAGAUCUAAGUAGUCCAGCUGUCAUGCGCAUAGAGACUUAAUUGAGAAGCGCCAGAGAUUUUUUUUAAUUUUGUGUUUUUGCAACUGAAACAUCAACCUAGCAAAUGAAUAUGACAAGUGAAGUGAAUAGUAAUCGUUAUGAUAUUGAGAAUGCCGGCAUUCUCAGUCAGGUAACAGUUGGGAGUGCAUAAAGUGCUCGGAUUUGUAUAUUUUUAGAAGUGAUUUUUAAUAGAAGUCUUUGACUUAAGGAGUAAUUCACUUCCGUAAGAACCGUGGAAUUCCGUCGAUUUCACACAGAAUGAGUGAAAUCACGGACAGGUGCAAUUUAUCUUCAUUUUACUUUUUGUGAACAAAGCUUUGGUAGUAAAGGAAGGACCCAAGUUAUGGGUGUCAACAAUGGAGUCUCUGGAGUAAGGACGCACAACGCCUCUAGGUACAUCGACCAUACAAUGCUCAGCCAGUCAAAAAAAGUACCAUCAAAGAAAAAAUGUAUGGCUUGUCAUCUCAGACGUUCUGUGUUUUUAUGAGAUUGAGACCAGUUGACAAGAUCGAUUCUGUGUUAGAUAUAAAAUCACAGGGCAGACAAUGCUCGGAGAUUUGAAGCUAGGGAGGGGCGGGGACCAAAUAUUUAAAUCUGUACAUGUUACUAUAGUGUAUACCGAGUGUUGCUGAUGUAUGUUGAUUAAGACGCUGGCACCGUAAGCCGUUUUAUGUUAGUAUGACAUAAACGCUCAAAUGCUGUAUUAUACUAUAUAUAUAUCUUGGUGUACGUAAUAUCAUGCACGCCAACUGCCAGUCUCUUCUGUCGAGUUUAUUGUCAUCACGCAUGCGUCGAGCGAUUGGUCGGUCAUCACGCACGCGUGUGCCGGUUAGUCGGUCAUCACGCAUGCGUCGACCGGUUAGUCGGUCGGCUUAUUUAUUUAUUAUUGGUAUAUUAUAGAACUGUCGAGUGCAAUAUCUGAUUGUAUUGUGAUUCUAGUCGAUGUGUUAUGAAAGGUGGGUCAAAUCAGGACAGGAGGACGAGCGCGUGUGCCUUUCCUCUGUUGCGAUCGAUAGGAUUUAUUAAAUGUGUGUGGAAUACCUAGUUUAUUUUUCUUUCCUGUGUUUGUUAUUCAUUAUAGACCAGAUCGAAUGAUUGUUAAAAUAUAUUACAUCAUAUCUCUUUAUAUCAUAAUUCACUUUCUUCUGCUUUCUCUGAAUUAAUAAAAAAAAGUUUAACCAACAAAAAACCUGCAAAAUAUCUUUCUACGUGUUCCAUGUCUAUCUGACGUCGACGUAGCGAUAGUCAACUUCUGUUUAGCCUCAUGGGAGACCGCAAAAUCAUCACAAUAGAGCUUUUGAAUUAAUUUAUUCAGCAUCCCAUGGAUUAGAUUCAUAAUAUGAUAAUUAUUAAUUUAUCCGCAAAACAGUCCCUAUUCUUCAUUUUCAUUUAGAUGUCGACAGUUGUGUAUCUACAUAUUAACAUUGAGUAUACUAAUACAUUAUUUGCUCGAGUUUUGCGUUGUAUUCACAGAAUGUAAGUACCUUGUGAUAAUUGAACCUCCUCACUGUGGCUUCUCCUGAGGAACUUUGUCGACACACGUCAGACUAAAACAAAUAACUUGUAUGUUUUCACCGUUUCUGUUAUCUAACAGACAUUUUUUCUCCUUUAAGGAAAUUAUUCGUUCAUUUGUAGUCUCCAGCGCACAACUUUAAGUUAUAUAACCUUCCAUUUAUUUGUAAAAUAACAAAUAAUACGUAGAUUCAAUGGCUUCUUAUCACGAUUAAACUUCAAUGUAAGGUAUCCUGAUUUGCCAAGGAUUCUUUUUAAUUAGAACAAAUACACCUAUGUAAUUAUGUGAUUGAAGUCUUGAUUGAAUCUGUUGAAUUUCGAACCAGACUUAAUGUGAAUAUCCUCCCCUUACGUGACAUAUAAGAUUCGAGUAGAUAAUGAGUAUCAUCUUAAGAAUUUGGAUUUAAUUUCUAAAUGAAUAUUUGGUAUCUGCGUAAAUAUUGUUUUGCUUGAGUAUGUGUUGGCUACGGUUGUUGAUUUUACUAAAAGGUCAAAGGUCAAAUGUGAUUAUCAUGACAAACUGUUUUUCUUUUCUCACCAAUUGAAUAUAUAUAUAUAUAUAUAUAAAUAUAUCUAUGUAUACUGUUUCUAUAACAAUAGUGAUUUGUUUGGUGGAAUGGCGAUCACCCAAGCGUUGGUGUCUUAACAGACUACAAUUUCAGUCGCUAGUUUGUGAUUAUGCUAAUACAAUGUUUAUAUUAAAUUUGUUAUGCUGAAUAGUCGUAUCUUGCUAGAAAUCCUACAAAUAAAACUACCACAUAUGUGGAAAAUGUAUUAGUUUCCCUUCGAAUUAAUUGCGACAAAUGAACAUCAUUAUGUGAGACAGUGGUUUUAAUUACCAAGAAAUAACUAGUAAAACCACUUACUUCUUAUACAAAAUCUAAAUUCAAAAGUCGGUCCCCUCAUAAUAUCUCUUUGAGGAAUUAAUUCAGGGCAUUCCCUGACAAUUACUUUUGUCUGACACCAAAUUCUGUCUACAUCACUAGGACUAGACGAGAUGGUGUUGUCGUUUCGCUGAACAGUGCAAAAAGCCUAUUGAUUCUGAAGUCAGUUCUCAUGAUAGUAGUUUUUGUAUGGGCACACAUUAAAAUCAGAAGUGUGUCACUAGUAGUCUCUACCGUCAAAACGUCAUUAUCUUGUUUCAAAAACACGUACUUGUUUGAACUUUGACCUCUUGGUUUGUCAUUAUGUUGUGUGAUGGUAGAAAGUUUGCCGAAUCUGAUAACCUUUACGUCUGAUUACUGUUGUAUAACCAUCCAUCAACGCUUUAGUCCCCUUUACUAGUGUUCUCAAGAUGAUCAGUAGUAUAUGGUGUCAUCCGAUUUUUACCUGCGAUUCACAACAGCAAAUCCAAACCCUCCAAUCAGCAACAGCUCCACUUACUGUUCAAUAACAUCCCGUAUCAAUCCACUAAUCGUCAGUCAGUCUAUCUUUAGUCACCCACACACACAGGAAGUGACGUACACAACCUCGUUUUAACAUAGUCAUUUGAAAGUCAGUCUGAUUCAAUGGUACGUAUUUCUCCGACAAUGUGUACUAUUAUUAUCAAUCAUCACAAUGCAAAACUGUAUCGCCGAUCUCUUCAUAAGUUGUAGACGAAUUGCAAAAAUGAACAAAAAACUUGUUUGUGUCAUUGUCCCUAUCUUAAAUUAACUUGAAAUAAAACCUAGCAUUUUAUCAUAAAAA